AUUGAAUAGGUCACACUGUACAUUAUAAUCGUUGCCCAUUUUAGCCGUUGCCGCUUGUGUUGUAAUUUGAACACUGCAUUUAAAAUGCUCCAAAACGAUGCGGUUCGAACACUGCAAUACGACAGCGAAAUACGCGUGGCACAGCAGCCAAAUGCCACAGAACCCAGAGUGUAUGAUUCCCAUAUUAGCAUAACCUCACAGCCGCGACCGGGAUCAGAGGCUCCCAGGAUACCCCUGCCCACAGUGACUGGCAGUCGAACAUUUAUACCCCUCUCCGGCUACGACUGCCUAGCGGACUUGCCCUCGGUUCACAUUGAACAGACAUUCGAGUUGAAUGAGUCCCUGACAGCCGUUUCUUCGGAGAACCGGUAUGUGGUCCGCUCGCCGCUGGGCGAUGCCGUCUUUGCCGCCAGCGAGAGUUCCACGGAGAAAAAUCGGCUCCUUUGGGGCGCUGGGCGACCAUUCCAGAUGCACUUGCUCGACAAGACACACCAGGAGGCGCUGGUUUUCCGUAAGAAAUUCGCCCUCGGUUCGAUGUGCUGCCAGGCAAAGAGUCUCGAGAUCUGGAUACCGCCAGGCAAUGUCCUGGGCCGGGUGGUGCAGUCGCCCACAUUCAUGCAGCCCGAGUUCUUCAUUGAGGACGGCAAUACGGGCCAGCCCGUCUUCUGUGUGGAGGGUCCGGCGAAUUCCGGUUUCUGUUGCUUCUGCCUGCCCAAGGAGUGCUACUUCAAGGUCCAUUCGGGAGGUAACCUGAGGGCGUCCAUCGAUCAUAAGUGGAUGGCCAGCAAGUCCCAGUACACCACAAAUAUCUACUUUAGCGAUGCCAAACUGACGGCUAAGGAGCGUGCCCUGAUCUUGGCCUCAGCAUUUCUGCUGGAAUACAUGUACUUCCAAACGCGCUUCUAAAGCGGUCCAAUGACAAAAUAAUUUUACAUUUCAUAUAUUUUCACAUUGAUUUCUUUAUUUUUUGUCAUUUUUUUUGUAUAAGUUUUCAAGUUUUGUUUUGUUUUGUAUUUUUUUUCGUUCAGUUUUUUUGAUAUAUUUUACAAUAAUGUAAUAGAUCACUUCAUUUUCUUGUUUCUUUUAACCACAUGCAUGCACACACAAUAGAUAUAUCUAUGUAUAUAUGUAUAUAUACGUUGCUAUAGCUCUGGCGCUGGAUAGCAAUUUUUUGUACAAUAAUUUUCAUUUAUCUCUAUCAAUUUUUGUGUAGUUUGUGUUUCGACUAACCUACAACUUAUAGCAUAUAUGACAACAUAAUGAUUAUUUACAGUUAGUUAUUCAUCUUAUUCUCCACCCUCCGUUUCAUUCUCUCUCUCUACUAUUCCUCUACUCUUCGAUACACCAAUAAAAGUAAUUAAAAACAAA